AUCCCUCGUCACUCUAACAUCUCUCCCCGACUCUCCAACCUUCUAGUGCUCAUUUUCUGCCGUUUAGUUUCCAACACAUUUAGGACGCCUGUGUCUCGGAACCUCUCGCCGUAUCAUCAGCGGCCAUCAUCGCCCGUCGAAAAGACAUACUUGCCGGUAUCCCCCCGUCAUGUCAUCCAGCAGAAAGCCUCUCAUACGGAGCAGUUCACACUCGGAUCGUCCUACUACAAUGAGGAAUUGGCCCCUUUUUGUAUUUCUUAUUUGCCUGGUAUUAUUCUUUUACGCAUUCUACGUAUAUCAAGCUCAAGGAGAAGUUUUAUCCCAGACAAACGAAGAAGUUCGACAACUAUCCGCCCAGCUGAGUCUCACCAAAGGAAAGCUUGUUGGAAGUAUGGCAGAUUUGGAAUCAGCGAAUAGUGAGAAGAAGUCAGUGUCAAUUCAAUUGGAUGAUAUUACAAAGAAGAACGAAGAGUGUAUGACAUCCUUGAGAAAUACGAAAUUGAGAGUUGAUACACUUGAAAAAGACGGAAAAUCGAAUACCGAUAAUUAUACAAAAAUGCAAGAAGAACUAUCAGCGCUCAAGGAAAAAGCUGAAGAGCUUCAACGAAACAACACUGCAUUGAAUUCUCUUGUCUCCACACAAGCACAACUCAUCAACCAACUCAAUCAGACUAUUGGAAUUAUUCAAUUCGAAAAGGAAGAACUCAAAAACGCUGCUCACCUUAACAACUUGACUCCAAAAAUCGAGAAGCCAAAGGAUAAGCAAGCGGAAGAGCAAAACGCAGAAGAGCAACAUAAGGAAAAAGAAGUUACUGUGACGACUGUAACCACACAACAUUCACGGGAAGAAGCUCAAGUAAAAGAGGAUAAUCAGGCACAAUCCACAACAACAGUUACAUCAACGGAGAGUCCUGUUGGAAAGUUGGAUGAGAAGAAUCCAGAGAUUGAAGAACCUGAGCCAAUUGUCGCCGAGCCAGAUGCAGUUGAUGGAGAUGAGCAAGACGACAAGGAGACAUAAUUUAAAUUAUCUGUAGGCAGGGUAUUUUACUCUUCAUUCCUUUAUAUCAUCGGUUACUUUUUCAUAUUUCAGUUAUUAUUCAUUUUAACUUAACUUUAGACUCUUUGCGCGGGUUUUCCAUGGAUAAUAGUUUUAGUCAUCAUGCUUCUAACUGGGAGAUUCGUGAUUUGUACAAAUACAUGAACUCAAUAAAUAUAUCAAUUUGAAACUAUUUAUUCUUGU